UCUUGCGCCCCCAAGCGGGCCGGCAGUUGUUGGCGACUUGGGCUCAGAGCUGCACACCACACCGAAUCUGCUGACCCGCACAGUGCGGGUAACGCUCCGCCACCUCACCAGACCCUUGGCGACCAAGCCAUGCCGCGUCGCGCCCGAGCGCACGACCCCUGCAUUUGCAGGAGGGGGGGGAGAACACUUUCUCAGUGCGAAGGGCAGCGGACGCGUCUGGCUUCGAGCUCGCCGUUUUGGUCGGCGUACCCUCUGUGUGCGCCCGUGUUUUUUUAUAGUUUCUGCUCAUCGUGGGCUCUGUCUGAUCUUCAGUGGCCUGCGAGAGCAUCGCCAGUGGACCGGUCGCUCGUGCACACCAGUAGGGCUGUGCUCUCGGUCUGCUCUCUUGCCCCACGCGUGCGCAGUCGUUCCAGUAGGGGGCGGCUGUGCGCUCACGCGAGCGCCGCGAGCUGUCCAGCUCUUCUUCCGAAGCGGGCCAGGCCCCUCCGCCCAGGGAUUCUCCUUGCCCCUGGCCGCCUGGUCGGAUACCGGUACUGCCGGCGGCACAGGGCUCGCCCCCGUGCCGCCGAGUCUGCCACAUCGGAUGGCGCGUGGCUGUGCCAUCGUGUCCUGCCACGCUGCCUCGGGGACUCCAGCUGGCGGGGGCGGAGUGGGACUCCGCGCCCUCCUGCUGCGCCAUCCUCCUCCUCCCUCUCCUCCUUGGCCCGAGUCUCCUGCUUUGACAAUGCCUCGGCACUCGUCUGCAGUGCUCGCCGUCCUCUUCCGCCCUGCGCCCCCUAUGCGGGGGUGCCUGGGCGUAGUCGCGCGUGCCUCUCCGGCAUGCACACCCUUCUUCCUGCACGCGCACCGUUUGGCGUCUGCCCUCGUCGACACGUGCUCGGUUGUAAUCACCUCUCGCGCGCCCCGCAAUCCGCCUCGUUUAGUUGGACCAGCCGGCCUAGGAGCAAGACGUGUGUGCAUCGAGUGAGGCUCCGCUGGCGGGGGCCGACGAGUUGCGGGUGGAGGCCGCCUCUGCGGCCAGGCCAUGCACAAGCAGACAAAUGCUGGAGCCCUCGAGGCGGUACGCUCGGCGCGCAUGCGCCCUUUCCCGCAUAGAUGUUAGUCUUCCCCUCCCCGCCAAGUCCUGCUGCAGAGGCGUGUUGGGCGGCUCCAGACGGUGUGAGCGCCUCGCCUGGCUGGGCCGCUCGUUCGAAGGCCAGGCGGGCACCUCCGGCUAAUUGCCCCCGGCUAGUUGUUGGCGGGAGGAGACCCGUCUUGCUUCGUGACCACUCUCAAGGGUCUGGGGACGAUUCUCUGUCUUACCCAGCUCGAGUACGCUUCGCGGGUGUGCCUGCUCAAGUCCUCCCCGCUGUCUCCUUCUGUGGAUUGGCUUCCUCCCUUCAGUGCAGACGAUUGUUCUGUUGGGAUCUUCUUAGCCGUGCCUGGCGCGAUAUAGUGUUCUGUCCUGUUGUAUAGACAUGACCGGUAGUGCCAUCGGGGAUGCGCACACCAGGGCCAUAGGGCCAUCAGGCCAUCGUCCUGCCUCUCCUCUCCUCAAUCUCCUCCUCCGCCUCCUCCUCCUCCCCACACGGAGCCGGGGCCCGCAGUUCGGCCACGCUCGCGGAACAACCCUGCUGCCCAGCGGACUCGUUGGGUCGUGCCCGCAAGAAAGCCCUCCGGCGCGCGCCACUUGCGAAACGCGGUGCACCGACGUUCGCUGCCGUCUCGGUGCAGCCUCUGGCGCUCGGCGGACCACUCGAGCUGCUCGCU